CUCCUCCUCCUCCUGUGUCGGCCCCGUCCCGGCCCUGCCCGGUCCGUCCCGUCCCGCCCGGGCCGCGGGAGGGAGACCACCGCCAGCAAAUUACUGUGCCGCCGCGCCCCGGCGGCCGGGCUCGGCGCGUGUUUUGGUUGGGCUCCUUCCCCCACCCCCUCCCUCCCCCGAUCCUCCUCCUGCAUUUUUUUUUUUUUCAGUUAACGUUGAAAUACUUUUUUUUUUUCCGCCUCCUUUUCCCGUGGCGGUGGGUUUUCCUCUCUUCUUCUCCGUUCACCUGCGAUCUGCGGAUGCAAGUCACACACGCUCCCUCCCCUCCCUCCCUCUCUCUCUCCAAGUUAGCAGCAAAGAACAAAAAAAAAAUAGCUCCGUUAAGGAUAAGAGCGGGAGCGGAGGGGUGUGCGCGCGUCUGCCGGGGAGCGCCGGCGAGCGGAGGACACCGCCGACGGCUCCGCACACUCCUCCCGCCGCGCCAAGUGAAGCAGCAAGUUUGCCGUGCACCUGUUUGAGCAGCUCGAAUCCCCGUCGCCGCCGAGCCCCGAAAGUGAUUUGCGAAAGGGAGAAAGUUUUUCGCCGGCAGGGUCGCCGAUCUCCCUCCUCGCGGUUUUCUUCUCCUCCUCCUCCUCUUUUUUUUUUUUUUUUUUUUUUUUUUUUUUUUUUUUUUCGCACGGCGGUCGCUACCUAGAUACAAACGGGUUUCGCCUCGCUCGAUCCCCGUCCUCCCGGGCUCCUCUAUGUUUGAUUCAUUUUUCACGUCUGGCACCGGUGGAAAAUAAAAAAGCUAUUUGAAUGUACAGCAUGAUGAUGGAGACGGACUUGCACUCCCCUGGCGGAGCCCAGGCCCCCACGAACCUCUCGGGGCAGACCGGAGCGGGAGGCGGCGGAGGCGGCGGCGGCGGCGGGGGAAACAAAGCGAACCAGGACAGGGUCAAGAGACCCAUGAACGCCUUCAUGGUGUGGUCGCGGGGCCAGCGACGGAAGAUGGCCCAGGAGAACCCCAAAAUGCACAACUCGGAGAUCAGCAAGCGCCUGGGGGCCGAGUGGAAAGUCAUGUCGGAGGCCGAGAAGAGACCGUUCAUCGACGAGGCGAAGCGGCUGCGGGCGCUGCACAUGAAGGAGCACCCGGAUUAUAAAUACCGGCCACGGCGGAAGACCAAGACCCUGCUCAAGAAGGACAAGUAUUCGCUGGCCGGGGGACUGCUGAGCGCCGGCUCGGCGGGGGGAGGCCCGGCCGGCGUCGGCGUGGGCAUGGGCGUCGGCGUCAGCCCGGGCGGCGUCGGGCAGCGGCUGGAGAGCCCCGGCGGCACGGCCAGCGGCGGCUACGCGCACAUGAACGGCUGGGCCAACGGCGCCUACCCGGGCUCGGUGGCGGCGGCGGCGGCGGCGGCGGCGAUGAUGCAGGAGGCGCAGCUCGCCUACAGCCAGCACCCGGGCAGCGGGGGGCACCCGCACCACCCGCACCCGCAUCACCCGCACCACCCGCACAACCCGCAGCCCAUGCACCGCUACGACAUGGGUGCCCUGCAGUACAGCCCCAUCUCCAACUCGCAGGGCUACAUGAGCGCCUCGCCCUCGGGCUACGGCGCCCUGCCCUACGGCUCCCAGCCACACCAGAACUCGGCGGCGGCGGCGGCGGCAGCGGCGGCGGCGGCGGCCGCCUCCUCGGGUGCGCUGGGCGCCCUGGGCUCGCUGGUGAAGUCGGAGCCCAGCGUGAGCCCGCCCGUCACCUCGCACUCGCGGGCCCCGUGCCCCGGGGACCUGCGGGAGAUGAUCAGCAUGUACUUACCGGCCGGGGAAGGCGGGGAUCCGGCGGCCGCCGCCGCCCAGAGCCGGCUCCACUCCCUGCCCCAGCACUACCAGAGCGCCAGCACGGGGGUGAACGGCACCGUUCCCUUGACGCAUAUCUGA